CACGUGACUCGCGGUGGGGCUGCCGGGGGUGCGGCCGAGCCUGGGACCCCCCAAAACCUUCUACCCUCCCCCGCCGAGGAUUUGGGGCCCCCCCGAACCCCCAUAAUCAUGGAGGAGGUGGAUAAGAUCCUGAUCCACAGCCUGCGGCAGGCGGGGACGCCGGUGCCCCCCGAAAUUCAGAGCGUUGGGGAUUUCUCGGCCGAGUUGGUGGUCGAGGCCGCCGUGCGCUGUAUCCGUUGGGUGCGCCCCGAUUUGGGGGCCCCCCUCAAUCCCGUCCUGCCCCCCGCUAUCUCCGCCCGCUUCCGCCUCGCCUCCGACCUCGCCGCCGCCUGCCAGGAAUUGGGGUUCAGGGGGGACGUGGGGUACCAGACGUUCCUGUACAGCUCCGAGCGCGACACUCGCCGCCUCCUCCUCUUCCUCGCCGAGAAGCUGCCCCGCGACGAGGCCGAAAGGGGGGCUCAGCCCCCCGGCAAACCCGGAGCUCUGCUCAGCGCCAUCGGCUCUCGCAUCCGAGAACUUUUGGGGACCCCCUGGGUGCCCCCCCAGUGCCGCCCCCCCCGACUUCAACGCCUUCAGGGCAACGGAUAUCUCUAUCCGUUCGUUUCCUGCCCUUUGGUGCUGCCCCAAAGUGGGGGACCCCCAGAACUCCAGUCUUAUUUUGGGGGUUCCGCCCCCCCAGUCCCAGCGCAGACCCCCAAAACCGGAGGGGUCGCCCCGGCUUUCUUGGAGACGCACGCGGCUCAACUCAGCGUCCGCCCGACGGAAUUUGGGGGGUCCGGCUCUGCCCCCCGACUCACCCCCUCCAGGUACUUAAGGGGGAUCCAUAGCGUCUGCGGACUCGGCUUCUGGAACCCCUUCGGCAGCUCUGCGCCCCCCCCCUUGCCCAGGGGCCCCCCCAAAGUGCCCCCCUCGAUCCUGUGUGGCUCCGAGAGGCUUUUGGGGGGGCCCGGGCCGAGAAAUGGGGGGGCUCUGCCCAAAGGAUCGCGAUUCACCCGCACCCAACACCUCACCCGACAGCCGGCCCCCCAAGUGCUGCAGCUCCAGGUGGCGGCUGAGCCCCACCCCCCCCCGGGGGCCUCCGAGGAGGACGCGGCGGCGCUGCGGGCGCGGGAGGUGGCGGCGCUGGAGGAGGCGUUGGCGGCGCUGGAGGCCGAGAUCGGCGCGUGCCGGGCGGGAUUGCGGGACGCGCAGCUCGGCCUCGCCCAGGCGGAGGCGGAGGCGCAGGAGGGCCGUCGGGCGCUGGGGGGGCGCGAGGAGGCGCUGCGGCUGAGGACGACGGCGCUGGAGCUGCUGCCCGAGGCCCCCCAGAACCUCCACAAACUGCAGCUGGUGGUGGAGGCGAGCAGCCGGCGGCUCCUCAGCCUGGCUGGGCAGUGGGAGCGCCACCGACAGCCCCUCCUCGACGAGUUCCGACACCUCCGAGCUCUGCGCGACUCCGCUCAGUUGGAAUCCUCUCGACGCCUCUCGGAGCUCCUCGAUCUCCACGAGCGAAGUCGCGCCGCCGCCAACGACGCUCGACGCAAAGAGGACCUUUAUCGGCAGCUGGUGGCGGAAUUGGAGGCGCUGCCCCGAGACGCCUCUCGAGCCGUUUACACUCAGCGCAUCCACGAGAUCGUGGGGAACAUCCGCAAACAGAAGGAGGAGAUCGGAAAGAUCCUGGUGGACACUCGAGCGCUGCAGAAGGAGAUCAACGCUUUGGGGGGGAAACUCGAGCGGACGUUCAGCGUCACCGAUGAGCUCCUCUUCAAGGACGCCAAACGAGACGAAUCGGUGCGCAAAGCCUACAAACACCUCGCGGCGCUGCACGAGAAUUGCGCCCAAUUAAUCCAAACGAUCGAAGACACCGGAACCAUUCAGAGGGAGAUCCGAGACCUGGAGGAGCAGGUGGGCUAAUUAGUUAAUUAGUGGGGUGAUUAAUUAACUAAUGAGGUGGUCCAUUAAUGAAGGGGGUGAUUAAUUGAUGGGGCGAUUAAUAGGGAUG